UUAUAAGCACUGUAUCAUCAUGCGAGUGGUGGUGGUUUAGUUGGUUAAUAGCUGAUAUGAGAGGAUUCUAGAGGUAAUUUCGUAAUUUCAUGCAAAAGCACGGCUGUUCCUAUAAGCCACCGCAAGUUGCUCCCUUCUCUCCUCUUCCUUCUCAAUCGCCAUCCUCUGCGUACACAAGAAAGAGAAAAUUCUCCAUAAAAUAAGAAAGAGAAAAAAAAUUCUCCGAGAAAACGAAAGAAGAAGGAUCUCGCAGAUAGGUUCCAAAACACCUCUCUCUCUUUUUCUUGGUUGAAAGAGGAAGGAAAUGAAGAGCUGUGAGCUCUGCAAGUUGGCGGCAAGAACGUAUUGUGAAUCGGACCAGGCGAGCUUGUGCUGGAACUGCGACGCUAAAGUUCACGGAGCCAACUUCCUCGUGGCGAGACACGUGAGGUGUCUUCUCUGUCACACGUGCCAGUCUGUUACUCCGUGGAGGGCCGCUGGUGCCAAGCUUGGUCACACGGUCUCCGUCUGCGAGAGGUGCGUCAACGGCGGUGAUCGAGAAGAGAGCGAAGCAGAAAAUGACGACGAAGACGACGAUGACGAUGAUGAUGAAGAAGAAGAAGAAGUUGAUUCUGACGAUGACGUGUCAGUUGAUGAUGAUGUGGAGGAGGACGGGGAUAAUCAGGUGGUGCCGUGGUCCACAGUAGUAAUUACGCCUCCACCGAGUUCCAGUUCAUCUAGUAGCGAUGAUUCUUCUGGUGGUGAAAGAGAGGUCUCUGAAUCAACAAAUUUGUUUUCGUUGAAAAGAUUGAGAGAAAAUGCUUCAGAUCUUCUCUCUCAGGACGAUCCGGAUCCUUCACCUUCUAAACGAAAGUACAGUUAUCGUACUGUUUGGGGGACUCUGUGCAGACCAGAUGACGACGCCGUUUCUGUUGACUCUGUGAGGCUGUUGAAAGACCAACCGAUCCAACCGGAUGGUUCACUUCAGUUUCAGGCCGAUUCGAGUCCGAGAGGCGCGGCGAGUACGGAGUCUUUAGGAAAAUUAGGGCCUGAUAAAAUCCAGUAAAAAUGCUAAGUAUGUUUGUGAUUAUAAUCCCUUGGGCUAAGUGUAGCCGUCCGAUUUGAGUUAGUUUCCCCUGAUAUUUAUGAUGAUUUAACCUAUUCUUACAAUAGUCUUUGAUUAAUCUUUGACGGAAUGUUGACCCGUGUAGUUAAUGUACGCUAGUACUACUACUAGUUUGAUGGCUCGUCCGAUUUUAUAACUCUGAAUUUUUUGAGCGUUAUGCUGUGGAUUAUCA